AUGCCAACAAAACACCUUAUCUUCAGAUUCCAUAGUCACACAGACAAAAAAUCGUUUGCCAUUACGAGAUUUUUAUUCAUCUAGCUAUUCCUUAUGAAUUAAACAAAUAAUUUGUUUAGACCAAAACCAAUGCCAGAAUUGAUAUUUAUUAUAACUAGAAGAGGAUUUGAGGAUUUUUAGAUAUAUAAUGGUACUGUUGUAGAUUCUAUGAUAUUAACUAGAGAAAUAAGAAAAUCGGAGAGUAAAAGGUUAUAAACAUAUUGUCAACUAUUACACAGAUCAAUGAGAUUCUAUAUUUAAAUAUUGAUGAAAUAGCCUUUAUUAAGACUCUAAUUAUAUCAAUCGAAUAAUUUUACAAUAAAAAAUAAUUAAUUGCAGAGGCUAUUCCAAAUUUUGAAGAAUAUAUUAACAAGUUUAAUUCGAUUAUUAAUGGAGUCUUAUUAGAUUUGCAAGUGA